AUGCCAAGGAAGAAAAGCGACAUGGAGGCCAAAAUGGAGGAUGUGGGAAUAGAAAUUGAUGGCGAAGUAGACAGCGACAGUGAAGAGAACACAGGCAGGAGAGCGAGAGGGAACAGGAGGCAGACCAACGGGAGAGCCGGCGGCCGCAGGGGCAAGAAGGCCGCCAGCGAGGACGAGGAUGAUGAAGAUGAAGAAGAACCAGCUCCCAAAAACAGGAGGGCAGCCAACAGAAAGAAAGCGGCCAAGGUGCAGGACAGCGAUGAGGAAAGCGAGGAUGACGCUCCAAAAAAAAGAAGAGGUGCGAAUAAAAAAAAAGCCGCCAAAGUGCAGGACAGUGAGGACAGUGAGGAGGAGAGUGGGGGCAAGGCCAGCCGCAGGGGAGCCAAUAAGAAACAGAAAGAGGCACAGAACAAAGAGAAGAAAGGAGAUGCCAAGGACAAGGGCAAAGACAAGGGCAAGGACAAUGAUAAGGAUAAAAAGAAGAAAAAGAAAAAAGACAGCAGCUCCUCAGACUCGAAUGCUGACUCCGAGGAGGAGGAGGAGUCCCUGUCUGAGGGAGAGAUGGCCAGACUGAUGGAGGAGGUGGAGGAGAAGAAGAAGCUGAUCUCCAACAUGAGGAACAAGCCCUGGCGCAUGAAUAGGAGGCUGCAGAACCUCAAAGAAGCUCAGCAGUUUGUGGAUAAGUUUGAAGGAGCUCUGGGAAAAGGCAAAGGCAGAAAGCUGUUUGCAUACAAAGUCAUGAUGAUGAAGAAAUGGGUCAAGUUCCAACGAGACUUUGAGAAUUUCAAGACAGCUUGCAUUCCUUGGGAGAGAAAAAUAAAGGAAGUUGAAAGUCACUUCGGCUCGUCUGUUGCCUCUUACUUCAUCUUCCUGCGGUGGAUGUACGGGAUGAAUUUAGUGCUCUUUGGCUUCACGUUCGGACUGGUGGUCAUUCCAGAGGUGCUGAUGGGUCUGCCCUAUGGCUCCAUCCCCAGGAAGACGGUGCCCAGAGCAGAGCAGGAGCAUGCCAUGGACUACUCCGUCCUCAUGGACUUUAAUGGAUACUGUAAGUACUCAGUGCUCUUCUAUGGUUACUAUAACAACCAGCGCACCAUCGGCUUCCUGAAGUUCCGGCUGCCGCUGUCUUACCUCAUGGUGGGAGUGGGAACGUUUGGAUACAGCCUAAUGGUUGUGAUAAGAACGAUGGCGAAGAAUGCAGAUGUGGGAGGAGGGGAUGGUGAGGAUGGGGAGUUUACCUUCGCCUGGAAGAUGUUCACCAGCUGGGACUACCUCAUCGGCAACGCUGAAACAGCAGACAACAAAUACGCCUCCAUUACCACCAGCUUCAAGGAGUCUAUUGUGGAUGAGCAGGAGAACCAGAAAGAUGAGAAUAUUCACCUGAUACGCUUUCUGCGCGUGCUGGCCAACGUGCUGAUUAUCUCCACCCUGGGUGGCAGUGGAUAUCUCAUCUACUUUGUGGUUAAGAGGUCCCAGGAGUUCGCCACCAUGGACAACUUAAGCUGGUAUGAGAAAAAUGAGGUUGAGAUCGUCAUGUCUCUGCUCGGCCUGGUGUGCCCGCCCCUGUUUGAGACCAUCGCCGAGCUUGAGGACUAUCACCCCCGAAUCGCUCUCAAGUGGCAGCUGGGUCGCAUAUUCGCCCUGUUUCUGGGAAACUUGUACACCUUUCUGUUUGCUUUGUUUGACGAAGUCAACACAAAGCUGGAGGAGGAGGAGUCUAUAAAGAACGCGUCAAUCUGGGCCAUGAAGGAGUACUACGCCAAUUUCACCGCAAACAACAACGACACAGAUGCCACGCCCCCCCCCAUCAGUCCUGCUGAUGUCAUCCGAGGGCCGUGCUGGGAGACCACAGUGGGAAUCGAAUUUGUUAAACUCACCGUUUCUGACAUCCAAGUGACAUAUUUGACAAUUCUGAUCGGUGACUUCCUGCGUGCUCUGAUCGUGAGGUUUCUGAAUUACUGCUGGUGUUGGGACCUGGAGGCUGGAUUUCCAUCCUAUGGAGAGUUUGACAUCAGUGGCAACGUUCUGGGUCUCGUCUUCAACCAAGGAAUGAUCUGGAUGGGUGCGUUCUACGCCCCAGGGCUGGUGGGCAUUAACGUGCUGCGCCUCUUCAGCUCCAUGUACUACCAGUGCUGGGCAGUGAUGAGCUGCAAUGUCCCCCAUGCGCGCGUCUUCAAGGCCUCCAAAUCCAACAACUUCUACAUGGGGCUGCUGCUGCUCAUCCUCUUCCUCAGCCUGCUGCCUGUGGUCUACACCAUCAUGACCCUGCCGCCCUCCUUCGACUGCGGUCCUUUCAGCGGGAAGCAGAAGAUGUACGACGUCAUCAUGGAGGCCAUAGACAAGGACCUCCCUGCGUUUAUGGGAACGCUGUUCAGCUACGCAGCCAAUCCUGGCCUGAUCAUCCCAGCCGUGCUGCUGAUGGUGCUGGCCAUCUACUACCUGAACUCAGUGUCAGAGGCGUACAAAAACUCCAACAUGGAGCUGAUGAAGAAGAUGAAGAUGCAAAGGGAUGAAGAGAAGAACCGCAGGAACAACAAAGACAGCACCAAUCAGGUGAUGAAGGACCUGGAGGAUCUGCUGCCCAACCGCUCACUGAUACCACCACCUGCUCCCGAGACCAGCGCAGAUAAUAAGAGCGAUGCUGCUGGCAAGAGUCCAAAGGUGUCAGGGAAACCAGGAGCAGCAGCCAACGGGGUGAACCUCCAGAAGGACGUAUCCCUGGCAACACCCAAUCCCCGUGCAGCUGUGACCCGGCCUCCCGGCCCCCGUGGCCCUGGGCCCCUCCCGGGAAACAGCCUGCAGGUCCCUGGGCACGGGCGGGGCAGGGGGCGGGGCCAGCCCCCAAGGCGCUAG